UGCCAGUCAACAAUAAGUAAAACAUUUGAACAAGUUAAAUGUUUAAAGGUGGACUAGCCUCAAUUGCUGUAAAGGGACCUACAAGUGCUAAAUUGUGCAAUGUUAUGGUGAUGUGUGCAUGUUGUAAGGUUUAAGUGCGUGCUUAUUUGCACCUAGUAAUGUCUGAUUGAGGUGUGAACGACCAUUCAUAGCAUUUGAAAACAAGUUCAUUUGCGAACAUUCAAAGGUGUAGAACAACAUUUAAGUGAUUAAGUCAUUGCAAUGAAAAAUUAAGUUUAUUGUACAUUUAGUCAAUAUAUUAGACAGGUUGGUUGAUAAAGUAAAUUACAGGAGUCAGUAGUAAUUCAAGAUAGCCUACUGUAGUCAAGUGAUAAAACUAUAACAUCAUUACAUUAGUAAAUCAGAUAAAUACUGAGUUCAUGAGACUUCCUAAAAAUGGAUAGUGAGCAAGCAGAUAAAACUCUUAAGAGGGAGACUGAAAUAAGUGAAGGCAAACAACCUGCCCCAGAAGAUGCACUAAGAAGAAGUGAAAGAUCGAGAAGGCUCACUGAGAAGGGACAAGAACUCGAAGAGACUAAACUCAAAGGUCUCCAACAUCGUUUCUCACGUACCUAUGACAAGUGGAAGAUUCUUGCUAAGAAAUCAAGGAAGGAGAUAGAGGGAGCCUCUUCUCAAGAGAACCUACAAACUCUCAUCAACAAGAUAAAAGAAGCAUCAAAUGAUGUACAGCAGGCGUACGAAGACCUGCGCAAAUGCAUAAUCCCUGAUAAAGAGACACGCCGUCGAACAGACACCUGCGACACUGUCUCAAGGCAGAUAUUAGAGCAUGCUUGGAACCAUCUCCAAGACAAAGAUAACGAGCAAGAAAUAGAGUGGUUUGAGACUGGCUCUGUGUUCUCAUUAGGAGUAUCAGAAGCAUGCAGUGCAAGCUCAAGAUCAUCACUCUCAAGUAAAUCGUCAUGUAAAUCUUCAAAAAUAAGUGAAGCUGCAGCAGAAUUAGCCGCAAAUGAAGCCACUUUGGAAGUCCAAGAGCAAGUGGAGCGUGAGGAACGUGAACUCAGAAACCUAGAAGCUGAGUACAGACAAAGGCUUGUGCGACAAAAAAAGGAACGUGCACAAGAAGAAGAGCAAUGUAGACAAAGGCUUGCACAACAAGAAGAAGAAUGUGCUGCAAAUAAACAGGUCUUGGAAGAAAAGCGCAGAAAGAUAGAACGCUUAGAGACCAUAAAAAAGAUGAAUGCCGCCAAGGCCAAACUAGAAGUGUAUAAACAAGAACAAGGAUCAACCUCAGACUUGCUGGAUCUAUUCAAGGAUUAUAAGCCCAAACGAGAAAGGCUUACAUUCGACUCAAAACCUGCUGUCACGCCACAAUUAAUCACAAGGAUGCAAUCUUCUAUAACUACUCCCAAAGAGGAUAGCACAACUGAUUUCGCCAAGGUACUAGCAGAGUCCUUCAGUGUAAGCCGUCUCCCAGCACCAGAGCCUGCUGUUUUCAGUGGAGAUCCACUAAAGUACAAGGGCUGGAAAAUGUCCUUUCAAACGCUGAUAGGCAGAAAGAAUAUACCAGCGAACGAAAAAAUCUACUACCUACAAAAAUAUGUUGGUGGACCAGCAAGGAAAGCCAUUGAGGGAUACUUCCUUCUGGGAACAGAUGCAGCCUAUCAGACAGCGCUCAAUGUCCUGGAAAAAAGAUAUGGAAGCUCCUUUAUGGUUGCUAAGGCUUUCAGAGAUAAGCUGGCCUCAUGGCCAAACAUAGGACCCAAGGAAAGCAUUCAGCUACGAGAGUUCUCAGACUUCCUUCAAGGCUGUCAAGCAGCCAUGUCGCAAAUAAAGAGCCUGGAGGUCCUUAACGACUGUGGUGAAAACCAACGAAUGCUCUCCAAGCUCCCCGACUGGCUUACAGCAAGAUGGAACCGAAGGGUGACCAGGAUGGAAAAGGAAAAUGAGACUUUCCCCAGCUUCGAUCAGUUCGUGGAAUUCGUCACAGAGGAAGCCGAUAUAGCUUGUAAUCCGAUUACCUCCCUUCACGCUCUGAAGUCUGGAGAUGGUGGAAAGGAGAAGCCACAAAAAACACGAAGCGUUGGUGCUAAGGUGCUAGCAAGUAGCUCUGAAGAGAAAACAGAUGCUAAAGGAUGUGUAUUCUGUGAGAAGUCAAAUCAUGGCUUACAGACAUGUCGAAGGUUCUUGAAAGAGACAACUGCAGAACGAGUCAAGUUUGUGAAAACAAACAAGCUCUGCUUUGGAUGUUUGAAAUCAGGACAUCAGUCCAAGAACUGUGAGAAGCGAAGUAUUUGUGAGACAUGCAAAAGGAAGCAUCCAACAUGUCUACAUGAAAAUCGUCCAAGGGAAGACGAUAGGAAAGAACAAGAGGAUGGCGAAAGAAAGGAGAGUGGGAGACGCUUUAAGAAAAGGGAAGACUUAUCAGAGUCUGAAGAGAAAGAAGAGACACCAGUAGAGGCAACAGCUAACAGAGUGGUGCAAGACAAGAGGAGCACCUAUUCCUCCACAGUUGUUCCUGUAUGGCUGUCCACAGCAAGUAAUCCAGAGCAGGAAGUGCUCGUAUACGCUCUAUUGGACAACCAAAGCGACACCACCUUUAUCCUGCAAGAAACGGCAGACGUGUUAGUUACAAAGAAACAGCCUGUGCAAUUAAAGCUCUCCACGAUGUCAUCCAAAGAUACCGUCAUCCAGAGUCAGAAGUUAACUGGACUGCAGGUCAGAGGUUAUAAUGAGACAAGGAAAAUAUCUCUCCCAGUAACCUACACAAGAGAGUUUAUUCCUGCAAACCUAAGUCAUGUCCCCAUACCUGAGACAGCAAGAUCAUGGCCUCACCUAGAGCACCUUGCUGGAGAGAUCACUCCUUUAUGUGACUGUGAGAUUGGCCUGCUCAUAGGCUACAACUGUUCUCAGGCCCUGUUGCCCAGAGAAGUGGUGUCAGGAAAGGAUAAUGAGCCUUUCGCUCAACGAACAGACUUGGGCUGGAGUAUAGUUGGCUGUGCAGAUCCCUGCGUCGAUUAUGGAGAUGCAAUUGGAAGCAGCCACAGGAUCGUUGUGAAACAAGUUAUCACACCACCAGAAGUCAUUAAGGCACUCGAAUCAGACUUCAACGAAAGAGUAGCCGAAGAUGCUCAUAUCUCACAGGAAGAUCUACGUUUUCUAUCCAUAAUGGAGAAAAGGCAUCCGGACAAGGAAAAAAAGCUCAAGUUGGAGCACGCCAGCAGAGCUGAGCCGCAGAGUCAGUUGGAGCGCUGGAAGGAAAAAGAGCGAGCUGGGCCUCUGUCCGCCGCCAAGAAGCACGAAGACGGCCGAAAGGGUCGAGACAAGCGCUCCGAUACGGAUCACAGAGAGAGGGACCGCGCGAGUUACGACAAGAAGAAGCCGUCGGAGAAAAGCUCAGAUCACGGCAGAUCCGAUCGCUCCAAGGACUGUGAGCGAAAAAGAAAAGACAAGCUUAAAGAUGGGACGCUUUCCUCCACUUCCAAUCUGAAAUCACUUCUGGAGGAGAAGAAGUCUUCUCUCUCUGAAAGUGGCAAGUCCUCAUUCACAAAAUCCAAAGAAGAGGCAGCGGGGAGGAUGCCGGAGAAGGAUCGGGAGCGGAGGGAGCGAGACAGAGAUUCGGACAGGCACAAAGACAAGGAGCGCCACAAGGACCGUUCCCAGCAGAGCAAGGCCAACAAAGUCAAGCCCAGCGGAGACAUCAAGGUGGGAGAGAUGUUAGCAGAAGACACUGAAGUUCGAAAGGCCUUCGUAGGCAAGACCUUGACGACGGAAGACUCACUGCUUGAUUGCUUCCAGAAGUUCUCCAGCUGGAUGAUGUUAGUCAAAGCCAUCGCUAGACUCAAACGACGUGUCAAAGAGCUCAAGGGUCUGACAGAAAGAAUCAAUGAAGCCACGAGUCUCGAAGAAAGAAAAGUAGAAAUCACGAUCAAUGAUAUAGUGAUUAUAAAGGAUGAAAAUACACCAAGAAAUGAAUGGAAGCUGGCUAAGGUCACACAAGUGUACCCAAAUGAAGAUGGUCAUGUGAGGAAGAUACAGUUAUUGAUCAGCGACUCAGAACUAAAUGACACUGGAAAACGAGUCAACAAGCAAACCUACCUGGAGAGACCUAUACAUAAGACUGUGACCUUGCUUGAAGCAGAAUGAGAGCCUCCAGUCUACCCUCUCUAGAGCCCCUCCCUAGCGCCAGCUAGCUUAUGACCUAAUCCUUAGUUAUAGUUACCUUAAUUAUACUUACCUCAGUUAUACUUGCCCUUUUUCUCUUAGUCCUACGCAUCUCAGAUAGUUGAAGGAAAUCACAAGUGAUUUGGUGGGAGUGUAGCUGCCAUAAGAAAAUGCACUGAACGUUUUGAGCUAAGCUCUGUUUCUAAGUGGGAACCAAUUUUAGUUUUUGUGUUAGCGGUUCCUUUUUGAGAGUGACACAAGGGCGAGAGUGUCUGAUUUUGAGCCACCGGGUGGCGACGUUUUUCCGUUUGAACAAGCAAGUGGUGAAGAACGCAAGAAAUGCUUAUUUUGUGUCCUUUCUGAUAGCAUUUUUGUUUAUUGUUGAAACCGGAGUUUGAAGACCUGUAUUGUCAGGAUUUACGUUUUUCUUCGUUUUCUCCCUCGAGCAAAUGCGGCAAUGAGUUCUCACGGCAUGUGUGUGGAGAAGUUGAAUAAAUGCCCGUUUUGAAGAA